AUGAUCUCUACCCGUAAUUCUGUUCUUACUACUACUACUACUACUACUACUACUACUACUACUACUACUACUACUACUACUACUACUACUACUACUACUACUACUACUACUACUACUACUACUACUACUACUACUACUACUACUACUACUACUACUACUACUACUACUACUACUACUGCUACUACUACUACUGCUACUACUACUACUACUACUACUACUACUACUACUACUACUACUACUACCACUACUACUAAUCACACUUUUUAUUUCAAACGUUUAUGA